AUGGCCCGGAUCCUGAAGCGUUGUGGGCGCAGGGUUACGUGGACGCACGAUGAGUAUCCCUCCGCCAUCCCAGCUGUGAAUACGGGCAUGGAAAAUGGCGAGAAAUCCCAUUUCGGGACGGCGAGCUCCACCGCGCAAGUGCCACUUGUCAUUUGGUCCAACCGCAGUUUGCCCGCUGCUGCGCCGUCUUCAGCGGGCCACAUCAUGUCCAGCGAGCAGUUGGCUUCUUACCUGGCCUCUGCCUUUGGCUCAGGCGCCCACACCGUGCUGUUAUUUUUGCAAGACAAGCUCAGCAAAGAAGACUUCACCGUCUUUGGAGGUGUGUUCGGAAAUGAGCGGGACAGCGUCUUCACAAACGUGCAGGCGCAGCUGCGGUCGUCAUCCUCGGUGACGUUCCCCGCUGUAGCGUGCUCGCCCUCCUCCACGCUGGGGCUGUUGGAAAAGCAGCUAGGCGCCUCGCCCGUGCCGGUGGACACCGACGCUUUGUCACAAAUUCGCGUAGAGUCGUCGGUCAGCAACUUACUCGUCGUCAAGCUGCCUUAUUGCGAGAGCUCGCCGAAGUCUUGCAAGGAAGUGCUACGUGACAAUGAUGCUAUCAUGGCCAGGGUAAUGAGUGCCAUGGAAGACAAAAACGUGCCUUACACAGCCAUGUACACGGGUGUCCGACCGUCACGAGUGAUUUCCGAGCCGGCGCACUGGACCGCUGCCGGCUCUCGUUCGCUACUCCAAGCCGUCGUCCCUGAAGUCAAACCGCCUAUCAUUUUCAACGGGAGCGGCGGCCCUUGCAUCAUGCUGUGGGCGCGGAAUCUCAGCGUCAGCUUGUCGCAGCCUGGCCAGUGGACGGACCUCGCCGCCGAAACGCCCUCGUUGGCGGGUUCGCAGUGCAGCGCUGACAGUGCCUUGCUUGUGCUCCAGUAUGCAUCAGGCAUUAGCCUCAGCUUCGCCAUGAGUCAGCGUUUUUAUCCUGUUUCGGCUCGAAACUGGUUCACGCUGGACUCAGUGCAGCUGCGGUCCAACGGCGCCACGGCGACGUUCGUCGGGAGCCGCGUUAUCUCGGCACCUGCCGAGUAUUCUUUCCACUGCCAGACCCUCAAAAGCUUCCAGGACGCUCUGCUCGUGCCCAAUUCCACAGAUCCAAGCGUUGCUAAUUGGGGGCUCAAUUUCAGUGAUUUCCAGAUUCAAGGCUUCGGCUUGGCAAAUGGAACAAAUUUCUCCUACGCCAGCGACUGCGCGGGCUUUUUCACACCGGGAAUUUGGAUGGGGUUGCUGACGUCGCUCCUCAUGCUAACCAUCUUGGUCUACGGGCUCCACAUGAUCAUGCAGCUGAACACCAUGGACCGAUUUGACGACCCUAAAGGGCCGUCUAUUUCUGUGCCUCAGUCGGAGUGA